UAUAAUGUUUGGUGGUUUGAAAAACUUUUUGAAAGAAACUUCUGAAUCAAUAACAGGAAUUCACCAUGAUUCCGCAGAAGAGUAUGGAUUUCGGGUCCUAAAGAUCCAAGAGAACUCUCUAGCUGCUAAUGCAGGAAUUGAAUCGUAUUAUGACUUCAUUACAGCUAUAAAUGGAAUUUUGCUGAAUGGGGAUCCGUUAAUGUUUCGUUCUUUAUUACGGGAUUCAUCUCCUGAAAUAACCCUCGAGGUUUUCUCAUUAAAAGGACAAAUAGCCAGAAAAGUUAAAAUUAAUGUUUCAAAUGCAGAGCAAGACAAACUAGGGAUGACGCUUCAGUGGGCAUCAAUUCACUCAGCAAUUGAUGCUGUGUGGCACAUUCUUAAUGUAAUUGAAAAUUCCCCUAUUGCUCUUGCAAAAGUGAUUCCUUACCAAGAUUAUAUCGUAGGCACUCCUGAAGGAAUGAUGACCGGCGAAAAGGCGCUGGCUGACUUAAUUGAAACGCAUCUUAAUCGACCUUUACGUCUUUACAUAUACAAUCAGUAUCAAGACAACACUCGCCAAAUUACUAUUGUCCCAAAAAGAAACUGGGGAGGUGAUGGAGCCAUUGGCUGUGGUGUCGGGCAUGGUGCAUUACAUCGUCUACCGGCAUCUCUCUCAGGACCUCCUCCUCAACCAGGCGACGUGGCCUUUUCAAAUCCUUUACUACCACCCACAGACUACUCCGAAUCUGUAACAAACAAUGAGAAAUCACUAAAUAGCAUUCCCUCUCCUCUAGUCCCCCAAGAGUUUUCAUCCCCAACGGCUAACUUAGAUGGAGAAAUGCCCAUUCCUCAUUAUCACAGACAUAAAAAGCACGGUCGCAAUGCUAUACAAGAUUCUACAAUCCAAAACUAUCUUGAAGAAGAAGAAUUGCUCAGUAAACAGUUGGAUCACAAGGCCCGUAAUCCCGUCAUGGAUGCUAAUGCCUCCAAUUCAGUCCCUCCUCCACCUGUUGCUGCCAAUCCAAGGGAUAACGAACAAAUGUAAUUUAUGACACAACGUAUUACUACAUAGCUAUUCACCCAACGAAAAUGUAGAUUAUAUUGUUUAGAAUAAUAAAUGACCGUUUAGAAAGCGUUAACCAAGAGCUUCCAUCUAGCGAG